CGCAUUUAGCUUUGAAAGCAACACAAAACUCCCACCUCUAUCACAUUUAUCACACUGAGAGCACCCUUCCUGGUGAACACACCAUCUGCGGACAUUGCAGGGCAGCAGUCAUGUGCAGGAUGAUGAACGUGAUAACAGCUUUAGCUCUUUCUUGUUUCUUUUCAGGCUGGAUUGCUGUCUCAGGUUCUGAGUUUCAGACCUCAGAGGUGCAGGCAGGUGAAAAUGUCACUCUGCAGUGCAACAAGAUUUACACAUAUGACGUUCAGACUUUCUGGUUCAGACUGGUCAACGGAACCACAGUCAACUCUAUCGCUUUUAUGCAAGCGUAUAGUUCAAAUGUUAACUACAAUGAUGGAUUUAAAAAUGGAAAAUUUGAAAUGACACAAAACACCUCUGAUGUCUUUCUCAAAAUCAAACAAGUGGAUGUGUCUGACUCUGGGCUGUAUUUCUGUGGAUUUGUCUCAGAAGGACGUCUCAAUGUAACCGUCAUGCAAUUAAAGGUUGGAGGCACUGAUGAGCCUCAGGAUGACAUGGACUGCAUCUCUAAACAGGCUCACGAAGUAGCAAAGCUGACGAGUGUCACCCUGGGUGUUCUGUCUGUUUUCCUCUUAAUGCUCAUCACUGGUCUGGCUGUUCAAAACAUGAAAUUUCAAAAAGCAAAUAAAGAAGAACAGAAUCCAGAACAGAGCACGAAUCAUGGAUCUGAUGAGGUGAACUAUGCUGCAGUGACAGUUCGACCAAAACCAAAAAGAAGAGAGAUCGAGACGAAUGUGAUCUAUGCUUCCACCAGAUAGAAUCAGCAGGCGACUUGAACUGACUGAUGAUGUUAUCAUGACUUAUUGGGGAAAUGAAAAACUCUUGUUAAAAAAAUUAAACUAACUUUGCUGUGACGAACCAAUGCUGACUGAAUUUUGUAUGUGUUUUCCUGUUAAUUCUAAGUACUUACUUCGUCCAUCAAAGUCUAUUUAGCCAAACAAACAUGUGACAUGAUUGUUAAUGAAAUGGAAAUCUGCACACGACCUGAACAGAAACAGUCGAUACUUGGUGACUACAAAUGUUCUUGAAAAAUAAAGACUACAUUCAUGUGGGACAUGGAUAUAACUGUGACUGGAUACUGUAUGAAUUAUCUUAUGCUAUUAUAAGUCUUGAUCAAAAGACAAAACAACAGAAAAUUAUACUUCCUCUUCCUGCAAAAGACCUUCAGUUUUUUAUUACUGCUGACUACACAUGUGAAACAUUUCCUCUGGUUGAAAUCUUGCUAUCUAUGCAGAUAAAAAUCAGCUGAGUUUUCUCAGCUUGUCCUUGUUGGUGGUGACUUAGCAAGAGUUCUGGCAGCUUCCAUUUUUGUUUACCGAAAAUUAGCCUCAAGAUCAAUAAAUUGGUGAUGGUUUCAGUUGACUUAUUUUACUUAUUGUAUUAUCAAUCAUAAAAAACUGAAUAUUGGCUAUGAAUAUUC